GCAGACAUUUGAUAUUUCCUAAGCCUCUGUGUCCUCAUCUGUAUAACGAGGACGUUUCUUGAGGACUCACAGGGCCCGGGCUCUUCAUUUAAACUAUUCCUACAAGGAGGUUUGUUGAUCCUCAGCUAAAGGGAAGGGGGGAAGGAAAAAACAUGCCGAGAAGGUGUCAAUUGUAUGAACAUGCACGGAACUGCAGUGGCACUUUGAAGACCGAGAACCCUGUCCAGCGGGGCACUCCUGACCCGCCACUUGCACACGUCCUAGUGGGGCUGGGACCUCCCGAGCGAGCUCCAAUCCUCCAUCCUUGUGGGAUUCACGGUCAUGCCGCUGACAUGGAUGUCCUUCCUUCUCCCACCCAGUGUGUAGCUGAGCAAACUGGUAACCUGCAUGAGUCCUGCAGGAUGCGGGCCCUCCAGGAAGGCACCUCGGAGAAGGUGGCCAUGGCCAUGGUACCAGCUUUCCCGGGGGGAAUCAUCCCCCAUGUCUCCACGCUGGCCCUCUCCAGAGCCCAGCGGUUCCUGGACGAGCUUUUCACUAGGUCGUGUCCACCAUCCAUCAGGGCUGAUGCCAUCAGAGCGUUUUCUCCAUCUGGAGGCACCCCUCCUUACAAUGACCGGGGUGACACAGCGCAAGACCAAGUCAUAAAGGCCUUUGCUGCGAUGGUGGGGACCUGGCUGGACCAGGUCCAGGGUUUGGGACAGCCCCUUCCUAUCGCCUGUUUCGAGGCAGAGCAGGCCUUGGUGCCUGUCAACUCCCCUGCCUCACACCUGGUGGGCCACGCCCAAAAUCAAUGGUUGGAGCUGCAGCAUCUGGAGCCCACCGAGGCAACUCCACAAGGUCCACGCCCUGAGCUCCAGAGCACUCCCGAGACAGAGAAAGGGCCCGCUCAGGGGCCAGAGCCUGGUCCAAGGACAGGCCCUGCCCUGGCCUGGCCUCGCCCGAGGCAGUACCUGAAGCCAUUAUGGAGCCACCUACUGGCUGUGCUGGAAGCCUUCUCUCUUGCUGUCAGAAGAGUUCUAGGCGAUUAUCUUAAAUAAUUCAGAGGAAUACAUCCCAACUGUACAUUUUCAAUAGUAAAUAAUGAUAAUU